CAUUUUGGCUUAAAUGUUUUUUUCUUUAGUAGCCUUGUGGACAGAAGGAGUUGUUUUUUUCCACAUAUAAAUUCAAGAUUGCUUACUGUUUCCACCACUUUAUUUUCAUCUCAUCUCCCAAGUUUGUUUUUGUAGAUCUGUUGUUUCUUUUGGCUGGAGUUUCACUGGUCUGCUAAGGACAAAGUUUGUGGAUCUUCUGGCUCUAUAAUUCUAUCUCAAACUCUCGUUGAGACUCUAAGCAGGGUAUAAUAUAGCCCUAAUGCAGGGGCAAAGGAGUGGCAUCGGUGCUCUGCGGGAAACUUUAGGUUUGUCUAGUGAUGGUGGUGUAGAUCAGCAGAUAUGUUGGAAUAAUUUGCAAAAUCCUGCACAAACUAACCUGCCAGAUUAUAUGGUUUCUUCUAAUGAGACCAAUAGUCCAUUCUUCAAUCCUAUGAGCCAAGAAAGACAGAAUGCAACCGGAUGGAGUUUAGGAGAAUCCAGCUCCUCUAUUGCACCGAAUUAUGCAAGUCGGAGCGAACGGAAAACAGAUCAUGGAUGGUCAUCCACAAUGACUGCUUAUCCUGGAUCUUCUGAUAUUCUGUCACUGAGUAAUAUCGAAGAAAAUUUAAAUAGCAAUCGAGUAGAUAACAACAGUUUAUUUUCUCAAGGUUCUAGUUCUAGCACCAUGCCUCAUGAUAUCAACAGAAAUCCAGUCUUUGAGGGGCAGAACGACAAUAAUGACGAUGAUGUUGAUGACUGUCAAGUAAUGGAGUGUACUCCAUGCAUAUCAGAUAGACCAGGACAAGAGCGGAUGUCAUCUGCUAGACCUUCUGGAACUAAUGGAUAUUUGAUGGAUGAUAAUGAUGGCAGGCCAGAAAGUUCACUGGAUGGUAGGCGCUUUUGUAAGAGAAAAACACUCGAAGGAUAUCUAGCGCAACCUUCAGGAAGUGGAAGUUCUGAUCAUAUUCCUCUUGCUGAAAAUAGCUUAUGGCAUUCUGUACCUGCCCCACAUAGUAUGAGUAUAGAUACAAAUAUCUCUGCACCAACAGAAACUCCUCUAGAUACACCGGCUUCAAGAAGUGCAGAAAGUUCUCAUAGAAAUUUCAGGGUUAGGAUUAAUGACUCACUUCAGCAAGAUUAUCUUCCUAGUAAUCUGUUUCCUGCUGUGGAUGAUGUUGGAAAUGUUAAUCUGUCAUCUGAACAGCAAUUUCCGGAGCUCCUUCCUAAUAUCCCUUUGGAUUUGAGGUCCGUGUCUGCUGCAGAUAGUGGAAAUACUCAAAGUCAUCCUGUUGUAACACAUGUUCCUUCUCUGCAUCGACGUGCUCAUGCUAGGUGGAAUUCAGCAUCAAGUUCCAGAACUGGCAGUUCAUCAAGUUUUGCUCGAGAGAGAAAUUCAGCAAUAUUUGAAGAGCCUAACUCAAGAAACAUCUCACAACAUCCUAUGUUCAUACCUUCAACUGAUGGGAGAAACUUGAACCAAAAUCCUGACAACUCGAAUUUAAGUGGAAGAAAUAUUUCUGUUGCUGGAAAUGUCGCGUCCUCUUCUACUAGGGUUCUUCACAGAUCUCCUCAAUAUCACCGGAGGCUGUCAGAAUUAGUCCGUAGAUCUUUGUUGUCUUCAGCUGGCAGUGGAUCUGGAGGUCAUAAUGGUAAUAGUCGUCCACUACGUUUGAGUUCUUCUGUCUCACAGGAGAUGGCACUUUCUGGAAACCAUGAGCAUCGUACAUCGAGUUCAAGGUCAGCAAUGAUGUCGGAGCGACAUCUUGAUUCCUGGAGGAGUUUGGCUGGUGCACGUGAAGGAAGAAGCAGGCUAGUCACUGAGAUUCGCAAUGUGUUAGAUCUUAUGCGCAGGGGUGAGGACCUAAGCGUUGAGGAUGUUAUGAUCCUUGAUCAGUCAGUCUUCUUUGGGAUGCCGGAUAUUCAUGAUCACCAUAGGGAUAUGCGGCUUGAUGUUGAUAAUAUGACAUAUGAGGAGUUAUUGGCACUUGAGGAGCGCAUCGGUGAUGUUUGCACUGGGCUAAGUGAAGAAGCUAUUUCGAGUCAUUUGAAGCAGCGGAAUUAUAUUUGCAUAAAAACAGAAGAACCCGAGGAUGCAGAACCAUGCUGCAUAUGUCGGGAAGAAUAUAAUGAUGGAGAUGAUCUUGGAACGCUGGAGUGUGGCCACGAUUUCCAUAAGGACUGCAUUAAGCAAUGGCUCAUGCAAAAGAAUUUAUGCCCGGUAUGCAAAACAACGGGGCUUACUACAUAAGGAACCACAUUCUUAUAUUUAAAGAAAGUGGAAUGGCCAAUUUGGGAAGUAUUCUUUAAGCUAUUGAAGGUUGACACCACUAAGCGUGUCCUCUUCUCUUCCAUGGCUUUGUUAACUCUAUUGAUAUCUAUCUCCAUUGGAAGGAGUUUGUUCUGGAGGUGAAAUUAGCUCUAGCAGCAUUAGACAUUCACUUAGGAAAGAAUUACAUUAUGAGUUAUCUGGAAACUUUACAUUCUCUUUUCCAAUUAAUUGAUACCCUUGAAUAUUUA